UUUUUUUUCUUCUUCUUCAGCUGAGAGGAAAUCCUAAGGAAAUGUGUGGGAUCAUCAUGCACUGUGUUUUCAAGAGGCUGAUACGAUAUUGACUGAUUAUUUUCAUAACCUGACGGGUUUAUGGUGUCGGAUAACACGCCGAGCUUCGUUUAGACACGUUUAGAGUGGCGGCAAACGGCGGAAGCGACCGUUGUUAGGUCAAAAUGUCGAUUCCGUACGAGGUGGAACAGCUGGCUGACAGCUACGGGGUUUCGGACUCGUUCCCCAAAGAUUUCGGCUAUGGUGAAGAGGAGCCCGACAUCGAGGACAGCUCGUCCCCGUCAGACAGCAAACCAAGGAUCCUGCUCAUGGGUCUGAGGCGAAGCGGUAAAUCAUCCAUACAGAAGGUGGUGUUCCACAAAAUGUCCCCCAACGAGACGUUGUUUCUGGAGAGCACCAACAAGAUCUACAAGGACGACAUCUCCAGCAGCUCCUUCGUUAACUUCCAGAUCUGGGACUUCCCCGGCCAGGUGGACUUUCUCGACCCCACCUUUGACUACGAGAUGAUCUUCAGAGGAACCGGAGCGCUGAUUUUUGUAAUCGACGCUCAGGAUGACUACAUGGAGGCUCUGGGACGGCUCCAUCUCACCGUGUCGCGGGCCUACAGGGUCAACCCGGAGAUCAACUUUGAGGUGUUCAUCCACAAAGUGGACGGCCUCUCGGACGAUCACAAGAUCGAAACGCAGAGAGACAUCCAUCAGAGGGCCAACGACGAUCUGGCAGAUGCGAGUUUAGAGAAGCUACAUCUCAGCUUCUAUCUGACAAGCAUUUACGACCACUCCAUCUUUGAGGCCUUCAGCAAAGUAGUGCAGAAGCUCAUCCCCCAGCUGCCCACCCUGGAGAACCUCCUAAAUAUCUUCAUUUCUAAUUCAGGGAUUGAGAAGGCCUUUCUGUUUGACGUGGUCAGUAAGAUCUACAUCGCUACGGACAGCUCUCCUGUAGAUAUGCAGUCCUACGAACUGUGCUGUGAUAUGAUCGAUGUGGUCAUUGAUGUCUCCUGUAUAUACGGUCUUAGAGAGGAUGGCAGCGGCAGCGCCUACGACAAGGAGUCCAUGGCGAUCAUCAAGCUGAACAACACAACUGUGCUGUACCUUAAGGAGGUCACAAAGUUCCUGGCUCUGGUCUGCAUCCUGAGAGAGGAGAGCUUCGAGCGUAAAGGACUAAUAGACUACAACUUCCACUGUUUCCGGAAGGCCAUCCACGAAGUGUUUGAGGUGGGGGUCUCUGCCCAGCGUCCUUUGGGCUCGCAGGCGGUGGGCUCGCCCUGCAACAAGGCGGUCGCGCUGAACGGCACGCCGCGCAACACGGUGUAAACACUGGCGGGAGAUUAACAAGCAACAAAUAAAAACACGAGAAACGGAAGUAGAAGGAAGGAAAGACGGGGAUACGACACAUGGGGCUCACCAGCGCUCCAGUCACAUCCCCCUUGCUCCCCGCACCUAAAGCACUGAUAGACGCCUGGACCGAGGAAGCAGCAGUGAAGCACAGACAGGGGGAGGGGAGGGGGGGGGAGGAAUUUGGGCAUCUGUUUUUAGGUGAAUGUAAGGCACGGUGUUGGCUGCGUCGAGGUUGGAGAAACUGCACCUGGGCAGGAACAGGUUCAGCAUCUUUCCUCUGCUUUCCUGAGGCUGCAUUACUUAGCUGCUGGUUCUUUUUUAUGUGGACGACUGGAGGAAGAGAAAUAACACAAAACCGACACCGUCUGACCUCUGCUGGACAAACUGUGACGUUUCGGGCCCCCCCCAUACCCCCACCCACCCGCGCGGGGGACCAACCCGACCACGUCCGCGCCGAAAAAAGACGACGGACGCGACCCGCGAGCCCUAACCGUAACCCAGACACGCUCAGAGAUGGCCUUAGGUAGACGGAGCUUGACGGCGGCGCAAGCUUCCUCCUACCGACACUCCCCGACACCUCACCUCAGCCGAACCUAAUGCUGCCCAAAACUUGCUUUUUGGUUUCACUUGUGAAGGGAAACGGGUGUUGUGAGCAGACUGAGAAGGGAUUGUGCUGUCCAUCCAUCCAUCCAUCCAUCCAUCCAUCUAUCCAUGUUGUUGUGAGAGAGUGGCUGUCUGUGUGUGAGUGUUUGAAUUUCAGGAAAAUCUUUUGGUUUAAUCCCUUUCUGGGCUUCUCGGAGUGAAGGGUCUUUUACACACAAUGUUUACAUCCUUCACCUCCAUAACAGCAGCUCAGCAUAAUUAAACGCGUUUCAGCCAGUUAAAGUAAUCUUCUUUUUUUUUUUUUUUUUGUUAUGCUUUGUUGAAGACUUACCGUUUUUAUAUGGUUUGUGAUUGUAAUGAAAAUAAAGUUUGGCUUUUGUUAAAGUACUGCCCCCCUAAAAAAAAAAACUUUUUAAAAUACAGCAUAAUUAAGACGUACUAUAAUAUAAUCUGGUCAACAAUUUCAAUGUGUCUCAACCAAUAUUUUCGAACACAUGCCCGGCUUUAUCGAUCCAUGUUCUGUGUUUUAAUUCUGAUCAGGAGGGUUCACAAGGAUGAGUUCCCAUUCCAAGCAUGUGUUCGUCGGUGUGUUGUUAACUUGUAUUGUUCUCAGCCGUAACACUGCUCAUUGUAAUCCAAGGUGAAAAUAAAAAUGAUCCAAGAAAAAUAAAAUAUGUGUAUAUAUAUAUCUAAA